UCUGAUAAAGGAAUGACCAUUUUCUUAUUUUAUUAUUAUUAUUAUUAUUAGAAAGAACUCAAAGAAGUAAAGUAAAGAAUCAAAUCAUCAAUGAGAUGGAAAGUGAGGGAAAAUGAGCAAGAAAAUAGACAGAUGAUUGAUUUCAUCUCUUUUUUUGCUUAACUGUGCACAGUCUCUCCUUUAGACAAAGUAGUUGCUGCAGGUGCCUCACUUAAUCGUUCUUCAACCGAAGCCUUUUUUGCUUCGACAUAUAGAAUCUGUCUGUCACUUCAGCAUAUUAUGAUUUUAAGAUUCUAGACUUCCAUGUGUUCUCAUUGCUGUCACACCUUUCCAAAUUAAGGAUCGCUGAAGCUCUUGGAGAUCUCUUUAAGGGCAACUUGACCUCAGAACCAACUGAAGCUUGUUUCCUGUUUCGACAUUUUUGUGGGCUCAUUCAUCUUCUCCACGUCUCAUCGUUACUGACUUUGUCUGUGGGCAAAGUUUGUAAUUGAUUGCAUGUAUGUUUCAUCUAAACUUCACAGUGUUGGGGUUAAUCCCUAUCAAGUUGGUUUAAAUUGAGAGGAAUCCAAACAAUAUUGGAAUGGAACAAUCAGAUAAACAAUUUCAAUACAAUUCCAGGGAACCUGGACGUGAAGGAUUCCAUCCUGCAUCUCAAGCAUUCUUGCUAGAUCCUACAAGCGGCAGAAGUACUAAUGUGAGACUUCCUGACCUAAAUGUAUCAGAAGUUAAACCUGUACUUAAUUACUCCAUACAGACAGGUGAGGAGUUUGCUCUUGAAUUUAUGCGUGAUCGAGUUAAUCAUAAGAAGCCUCUCAUCCCAAGUAUGCUUAGUGAUCCUAAUCAUGCCCCGAGUUAUAUGGAACUAAAAGGUAUUUUAAGUACUAGUCAUACAGGUUCUGAAAGUGUUUCAGAUGUUUCAAUGCUCCCUUUAGCUGAGAAAGGUGCAAAAAAAAUUGAGAGAACAAACUUGUCUUUGUAUGAAGAGAGAAGCAACCACGGGUCAGUUUAUUCGGUGCCACAAACUUCAUCAGAAUGUGAAAGUCAAGAAUUUGUACAUGGUUUUACCUCCUCAAUGGCCUCUAAUAGAGCAUCUACAAAGACAAAGGUUCUCUGCAGCUUUGGUGGUACAAUACUGCCCCGUCCUAGUGAUGGAAAGUUUAGGUAUGUUGGGGGUGAAACACGAAUUAUAUGUAUAUCAAAGGAAAAUUCGUGGGAAGAGCUUAAGCAGAAAACUUUAGCAAUUUAUGACCAAGCUCAUGUGAUAAAAUAUCAGCUUCCUGGAGAGGAUCUUGAUGCAUUGGUUUCUGUUUCAUGUGAUGAGGAUCUGCAUAAUAUGAUGGAGGAAUGGAAUGAAGUUGAAGGUAGACAAGAAUCACAAAAACUUAGAAUGUUUCUGUUCUCCAUGAGUGAUUUGGAGGAUGCUCAGUUUAACUUGGGCAGUUUGGAGGGUGAUUAUGAGAUUCAGUAUGUAGUUGCAGUUAAUGGCAUGGACUUGGGAUCAAGAAAAAACUCAAUUGUACAUGGUUUGGCAGGCUCUUCGGGAAAUAAUUUAAGUGAGCUAGAUGGAUUAAAUAUUGAUGGGGAGAUGAGUAGCGUGGCAGCUGUCUCUGUUGGGGUCAGUACUUCACCUUUGACUAGCACUUUCCAAUCUGCUCAACCAGUUCUUCAGAAUUUCUCCAGUGCACAUGAAACCCAUCUGCAGUGUUAUCAUGGCCAAAUGAUGGACCAUAGAGAAGCUCAGCAAUUCCUGGCACACUAUCCCCAUGAUUCUUCUAAGUACUCCCCUUCUGAAGAAAUUCCCUAUUCAACCUCCCUUCAGGGGCUUAUGAAUCAACAAGGAGGUUUGAAUGGAGGAAACUCAUGUGGCAGCCAUCAUGGGCAGAAUUCACAGACAUUAGUAAAGGAAGUCAAGAGGAAACCUGAUGGUUCAGUUCAGCAUGAGGUUGGCAAUGAAAAAACUCGUCCCCUAGAAAAGGCUGUUCCAGUUAAUAAAAUAUCAGUUGCAGUUGCUGCACAAGAAGAUCUCCAUUCUCUGCCCUCAAAAAAUGAGGGAAAGCGCCAUGAAUCUGAAAAUGUCUCUUCUUCUGUAGAUGCCUUUAAUCAGGUGCAGAUUUCUAAAUUAUGUGAAGAUGAUCAUUGUUCCCCAUCUAGUAGUACAUUUGGUCUGAGUGGUGCUGAUUCUGUUUCUAAUUUGAUAGACUUUAGCUACUAUGAACCAUCUGUACCUCCACAGAGAGUUUAUUAUUCAGAAAGGAUACCCAGGGAACAAGCAGAGCAGAUGAAUAGGUUAUCAAAAUCUGAUGAUUCACAUGGUUCUCUGUUUCUUAUUUCUCAUUCUCAUUCUGAUAUUACCGAACAUAAGUCUAUUACAGAAUCUGCUGAAAACUUUAUUCAAAGUAAUCUGGAUCUCCAUACUGAACACCCCAUGCCAACUGCAAAACCAUUGCAUAUAGAUCCUCAACAAAUCAAUGAUGGGCUUGCCCAACUCCAGAAGUACAAGGAGUUUGCAGAUGCAGUUUCUCAGAUGAACAAGACGCUUUUGGAUUCUCAAGAUGUUUUGCAGAGUGGGUUCAAGCUAGCAGUUGCAAAUGAUGUGGAUAAUAAAGAUUCUGCAAACAGAGAUGCUAUGCUUAAGGCUGACCAUGAUCACACUGCAGGUAAACAGAAAAAACUCCCGAUUGAAGAAACCAGAGAAUCUAGAUCUGGAAAUCCUGCUGCAUCCCAAGUAACUUCUCUUGUGCACCACAAGGAUCCUGUGACUGAUCUUGCAGAGCCUAAACUGAGUGAGAUAACAGGCAAGGAUUUUGCUAGUAACAAUCUUGGACAUUCUCAGCUAUUUUCUCGGACAGAGAGCUCAACUAAUGAUAUUUCUCAAGUAAUACCCCCUGUUGGUAUUUCAGCAACAAAACAGGCAGACAUCAGUAUAGAUAUUAAUGACAGAUUUCCUCGUGAUUUUCUUUCUGAAAUAUUCUCCCGAGGGAUACUUACUGAGGAUAGGGCAGGUGUUAGUCCAAUGCACAAAGAUGGAGCUGGCAUGAGUGUGAUCAUGGAAAAUCAUGAGCCUAAGCACUGGUCAUAUUUUCAGAAAUUGGCACAGGAAGAAUUUGUUCUGAAAGAUGUUUCUCUUAUUGACCAGGAUCCUCUUGGUACUCCUCCUUUACUAGCAAAAUUAAAAGAUGGAGAUCAGAAGUCUCACCUUUUUGCACCUUUGACAGAAGAUGGAGUUUCAAUGGGCCAUAAGUAUUCCCAGUCCCAGCUCAAUUUUGGUAAAGACAGCAAUAACAAAAAAAUACCAGGAAUGGGAGGAGCUGAAUCCACAGUUCAUUCGAAUUUUGGUCAUUCCCAGAUGAAGGGCAGUGAAAGUAUUCAGUUUGGUGCUAUGAUGGAGAACUUAAAAUCUCCAGAGUCACAGUAUGAGGGUGGGAAGUUAGAAAACAGGAACAUUGGCCUGCCUCCUAUUGAUAUAUCUCUUGUAGAUUUUGACAUCAAUACCUUGCAGCAGAUCAUAAAAAAUGAAGAUCUCGAAGAGCUGAGAGAACUAGGUUCUGGUACUUUUGGAACUGUAUAUCAUGGAAAAUGGAGGGGAUCAGACGUUGCCAUUAAGAGGCUAAAGAAGAUUUGUUUCACUGGUCGAUCAUCAGAGCAAGAGAGAUUGACUAUAGAGUUUUGGCGGGAAGCUGAAAUUCUUUCAAAGCUUCACCAUCCAAAUGUAGUAGCAUUUUAUGGUGUGGUGCAAGAUGGACCUGGCGGGACGUUAGCUACUGUGACAGAGUUCAUGGUUGAUGGUUCUCUUAGGCAUGUUUUACUCAAGAAGGAUAGGUAUCUAGAUCGCCGCAAGAGGCUUCUAAUAGCUAUGGAUGCUGCAUUUGGAAUGGAGUAUCUGCACUCAAAGAACAUUGUGCAUUUUGAUUUGAAAUGUGACAACUUACUCGUGAACUUAAAAGAUCCCCAGCGACCGAUAUGCAAGGUAAGUUCUGAUAGGUAUUUAUUAAAGUUCUGGUCAUUUUUGUCAACUAUUCUAACAGAAUGGACGCCCCAGGUUGGUGAUUUUGGACUGUCAAAAAUUAAACGAAAUACCUUGGUUUCUGGAGGUGUGCGGGGAACUCUUCCAUGGAUGGCGCCAGAACUGCUAAAUGGUGGCAGCAACAAGGUCUCAGAAAAGGUUGACGUUUUUUCCUUUGGAAUUGUGCUAUGGGAGAUUCUCACUGGUGAAGAGCCAUACGCUAACAUGCACUAUGGUGCAAUCAUAGGUGGAAUUGUAAAUAACACAUUGAGACCAGCCAUUCCGAAUUUCUGUGAUCCCGACUGGAAAAGGUUGAUGGAGCAGUGUUGGGCCCCUAAUCCUGCAGCCAGGCCUUCCUUCACAGAAAUUGCUGGACGUCUGCGCAUAAUGUCUACAGCUGCUAACCAAACCAAAGGACAUGGUCACAAGACACCAAAGUAAUGAUUUGAAGCUCUCUUCAGGAGUAGUUCUAGGCUAUCCGCUGUGAUAUCAAGUCAUUUCAAGAAUCAAUCUACUUGUAUCAUAUUAGCAGGAGGGAGGAAGCAAUCUACUUGUAUCAUAUUAGCAGGAGGGAGAGAUUGACUUCCAUUAAUGUUUUUAAAAUGGAAGUUCUCUUUGAUAUAUAUAAUACAUGUAUAUUAAUAGCGUUUUUCUUCUAGAAUUAUCGAGUUGUUGUUGGAUUUGACAGUUUGAAACGGUGUUGUUCGCCUGCCCUUUUGGUUUAUCAUGUUUGACUUUGUAUGUGCUGGCAAGUGAGCUUUCAUAUUAUUACUA